UUCAGUUUAAGUGCCAACUGUCAACAAACUGUCAUUCAUCGUGGAUAAACUGCAAAAAAUAAACAAAUAAAUUAAUAAACAGGUUUACAGAAAGAUAAAGGUAAACCAAACCUUUGCCAAAAUAUCGGAUACACAAAUAGGCUAAAUCAUAAAGAUACCACUCAAAUCUCAGGGCUACCGCUAUCUAUAAGUGCUAAACAUAAAAAUACUCGCAUUAAUCCACCAAUAUUCUUAAUUUAUCAAGAAGCGUAUAUUAAUAUACAACAUGUCAUCCAAACAUCUAACACUUGGUUCUGAGGAUCCUCCAAAAACUGAAGGUCUUUUAAGACUGUAUUCCAUGAAAUUUUGUCCUUUUGCUCAAAGGGCUAGAUUGGUUUUAAAUGCCAAAAAUAUUCCACAUGAAAUUAUAAAUAUUAAUUUGAUAGAAAAACCUGAAUGGUAUAUCCAAAUAAAUGAAAAAGGUUUGGUCCCUUGUUUGAUCGAUGGACCAAAAACUAUUACAGAAAGUCUUGAUAUUGCUGACUAUCUAAAUGAUAAAUAUCCUGAACCUCCCCUAUAUCCAGCUGAUCCUGAAGCCAAGAAAAGAGAUCAAGAAUUAAUUCAAAAGGCAGGUCCAGCACAAGGUAUUUUAUUUAAAAUUUUGUUGUCUAAAGAUGAUAGCACUACUCCCGAAGAAUGGGCUAAAUUGUUAGUAGACUCUCUUCAAGAUUUGGAAAAUGAACUUGGCCAAAGGGGUACUCCGUUUUUUGGUGGUGAAAAUCCUGGAAUGGUUGACUACAUGAUUUGGCCCUGGGCUGAACGAGCGGGAUCCAUAACUUGCAAACUUGGCAAAAAACUUCCACUUAAAGAUUCCGAUAUCCCUCUUCUACGAAAAUGGAGGAAAUCGAUGCUCCAACAUCCCGUUUGCAAAGAACUUUACAUCGAUGGGGAAAGAUUUUGGAAAAUAUUUGUACCCUCGAAAAUUACUAACGAAAUGCCUCUGUAUGAUGAAGUAUAGCUUUAAAAUUUAAAAUCAGUAUUAAGUAAUAGUAAAGCUUAUCUAAUUUUGUUGUUACAGUGUAGAAUUUGAAUAACAUUAUAUUCAAAUUUCUCUGUUUUACGCUGUUAGGUCGUUACAUAAUUUUUUAUAUUUUUUCGAAGAUUAUAAAUUGAAUGUUC